UCUCUUCUUCACUUGCUCUUCUUCUUCUUCUUCUUCUUACUCUCACAAUCUUCACCAGAAAAAAAAUGCAAAUCAAAGCUCUAGUUCGGUCUUCUCAACUUCCUCUACAAAACCCUUAUCUCAAACCUCUGUCUAAACCCUCAUCUUCAUCAUCAUUAUUAUUUCUCUUCAAACCCCAACCACCUUAUAAAAGUUUGCGCAUUUCAACACCAAACAGUCAUGGAAGACUUUCUUUCAUAACUUCAUGCGUCAGCUCGAGCCCAGAACUAGUGGAUGAAGAGCCGGAGCUGGACGUUGUUGACGGAGGUAGCAGUAAUGGGGCUGUGGGAUUGUCUAACGAAGAGAAAGAAGUGGAAGUUGAAGUUGUUGGAUCAAAGAGAGAAGAAUUGGCAGGAAAGAGUAUCUGGACGCAAAUGAAAGAAAUUCUCAUGUUUUCAGGACCCGCUACGGGGCUUUGGGUCUGUGCGCCUCUGAUGAGUCUUAUAUCCACGGCUGUUGUUGGUCAAAAAAGCUCAACUGAGCUCGCUGCUUUAGGUCCCGGGACUGUAUUUUGCGAUAAUAUGAAUCUUCUGUUCAUGUUCCUUUCAAUCGCUACUUCGAAUAUGGUUGCAACUGCACUUGCCAAAGGGGAUAAAAAGGAGGUGCAGCAUCAAAUCUCUGUAUUGCUCUUUGUUGGGUUAACUUGUGGUGUCUUGAUGCUUUUGUUUACCCAAUUCCUUGGUUCAUGGGCAUUAACUGGCUUUGCUGGGCCAAAGAAUGCGCAUCUUGUACCUGUAGCUAGCAAAUAUGUUCAGAUUAGAGGCUUAUCGUGGCCUGCUGUUCUUUAUGGACUGGUUGCUCAAAGUGCAAGUCUUGGCAUGAAGGACUCAAUGGGACCUUUGAAGGCUUUGGUGGUUGCCACUUCUGUAAAUGGCAUUGGUCAUCUGAUCUUGUGCAGUUUGUUAGGCUAUGGUAUUACUGGAGCAGCAUGGGCAACGAUGACGUCGCAGGUUAUUUCAUCUUAUAUGAUGAUUCAAGCUCUAAACAAGAAAGGAUACAACCCUUUUGCCAUCUCUAUUCCAUCACCAAAUGAAUUUCUGCAAAUAUUUGCAAUUGCUGCCCCAGUUUUUGUAUCAAUGUUCUCAAAGGUGGCUUUCUACUCUCUCAUCACGUACUUUGCCACAUCUAUGGGCACAUUUACAGUUGCUGCUCAUCAGGUCAUGAUUCAAACCUAUGGCAUGUUUGUCGUAUGGGGUGAGCCGCUCUCUCAAACAGCGCAAUCAUUCAUGCCGGAGAUCCUAUAUGGAGUUAACCAAAGUUUGGACAAGGCUCGAACACUUAUAAAGUCGCUCAUGAUUAUUGGAGCUAUACUUGGAGUGAUGAUUGGGACUGUUGGUUCAUUUAUCCCUUGGUUCCUCCCAAAUAUGUUUACAUCUGAUCUUAUGGUCAUAAAAGAGAUGCACAAAGUGUUGAUUCUCUUCUUUUUUGCAUUAGCCGUGACACCCUGCACUCACAGUGUUGAGGGAACUUUGCUGGCUGGACGCGAUCUCAAAUUUAUGAGCUUAUCAAUGAGCGGAUGCUUUUCUGUGGGCGCUCUUUUAUUGUUGCUUGUGAACAAAGGAGGACUUGGUUUGCCAGGCUGCUGGACUGCACUUGUGGCAUUUCAAUGGGGCCGAUUUUUCCUCGCUCUCUGGCGCCUGCUAUCUCCUAAUGGCAUGCUUCACUCAGAAGGUCCUAGCAAGUAUAAACUGGAGAAGUUAAAAGCUGCUUAAGUUUAAGAUCAACAUCUAAAUUCAGUAAAUGAGAAUAUAGACUUAAAAAAGUUUCCAAGAAUGCAAGUUCAACUCUUGUUGCCGAUAAACAGACUCAGACACCACAGAUUAUUCGUUGUAUCGAAGCUGUAAAAGAUCAGGUUGAGAUUAUUCUUUAAUGCCUCAAUGAGGCUGGGAGCAUAAGCAAGGCACAACCACAAGCUGUACCUGUUUUUUUCCCAAGUCAAUAAUAUGUUUCUCCUUCUGUAUUUAUCAUACAAGUUUUGCAAUUGUGUCAGGUUUCUAGCAAGUAGCUCCUUCUGUAAUCUUCCCAUUUCAGAAAUGUAGCUUAGAUGAUCUGCAGCAU